GUAUGUUUGGCCUGAACACGCCUCUGAGUAAAUCCAUCUCCGGUGGCGACUUUGACUCUGUCAACGUCAUUCUGGGAAACAGCUCAUUUAAAGGCAAAGCUAAAGUCGCCUGGCAGACAGAAGUGAACGGGGAUGGAGAGCUGUUCUAUCUGGACACAGGCAAGGUUGAAGAUGCCCUUCCACUGAGUGUACCCACCCCCACAACUGUGCCACACCCAUGUUGUGAGUCAUCAGCAGGGUGGUGCAGCACCAGAAACUGCAAAUGCUCCAACAGUGAAGACACAGGUUAUUCCACAGACAAUGACCAGCCUUCACCCAAAAAUGAAAAAGUUUCCAAAAAAUCAAGUCGGUUUUCUUCAUUUUUAAAAAAGAAAGACUCCAAGUCAUCCAAUGAGACGAAGGAUGUGUGUAGUGAGGCUGAGUGUUACUGUCCGGACAUGGAAUCUGUGAAGGAAGUGGUGCUACUUGUGGACCCGGGGCUACGGCCUGUGGGCAGACCUGGGGAGACGCUGUGUGAGCGCUUGUUGGGCAUUAUUCCUGGCAUUCUGGGAACUAAUGGGCAUACUGUAAAGAGUACGGACUUGGACAGAGAGAAAAUCAUCGUGAAAGGUUUCGUUCCUGAUGGACCUGCAGUCAAGUUUCGAGAUAUAAGAAUAGGUGACUGGUUGAAGUGUAUCAAUGGCCGAGAUGUGGGCUGGUCAACAGUUGAUGCCCGCCUCAAGUCUAUCACCAACCCGAAGAAGGUUAAGUUAAAGUUGGAGUCUCCGCCGCCAGUCAUCCUGCCCGACUCCCCCUGUCCCCCGUCCCCCAUGGACCACCAGUAUGAGAGUCUGCUGGAGCUGGUGUCGGGGGACCAGCUGACGGUGCAGGGCGGUGACCCCAUGGGGGUGUUCUACAUGUCCAUGGAAGGAGUAACAUCCGACGAUGUCUUCGAUCAGGAGGAUCUGGUGUACAGCUACCCCUGGGGCGGCGUGGUGACUGGCAUCAGGGGCAUGUUCUACACUCUCUCACACCUACUCAGGGACUUCGUUGUCUCCAAUGUUACAAAUUCCAGCUUCGUUGUAAAUGGGGAUCUGGUCCACACCGUCUACCACAUGGAAGGCAGGGACCUCCUGCUGCUGGCUGUCCCCCACAAAUGGUGCUCUAUCCCAGUGCUGAAACUCAUCCUUGCUGACAUUGUGCGUCUGCUGCGCUUCCUAGUCGGAUCAGUCGAAGAUGCUCUCCGUCGGACCAAACAUCGGCGUUUGGUGGAUGAGAUCUUCUCACUCCUCUUCAAGUCAUUAUCAGGGGAGACAAGAAGUGGCCCAGUCAAUCAAAUCCAUAAUCAUCCCUCAUUGGUCAAAGCAGCUGUCAAUCAGAAUCUAAGUCUUCCCCCAUUGGUCGGAACAUUUUCUCAUUCUGGUCAUGUGCAAUAUCUACCUCUGUCUGACGAGAUAAUGGAACACACCAGUGGAGUACUGACUGAUUUUGAAGCUUCUGAUUUUGUUGAUAUGUCGGACAACUUCUACGGGUGUCGGAGGUCUUACACUGUUCUUGGCUCAGGCUUGUUCUACAAGGGCCACAUGUUGUGUAGCCACCUGUCGCGGGACGACCUGGUCGACAUCCAUCUCUACCUGUCACACCACAUGCUGCUCACACUCACAGCCAAUCAGAAAGUCAGCCAGCUGGUCAUCUGGCGAGAGAUCUUCCCGACUCGCUUCUGUUACGAUGUCAGUGAAAUAAACAACACCUUUGGGUACUCCGAGCCUCAUGCAAGGUGGUUCCUGAUGGUUGUGGGUUUGAAACAUGGACUUCUAGCGGUACUGCUCGAGGCUGGUGGCUGUGCAACUCAGCAACAAGGCAGGCCAAGUCCAGAGCCAUUCUACAUCGACCAGGCUCGCUGCACAUUAAUGCAGAUUCAGACACCGGAGCUGAUUGGUCACUGUGAGGCCAGAUUAUCUGGCAGUGGCCUGCCUCCCACCGUCAGUAUAGACUCCUUCCUGUCCAGUACUCCUGCCGAUCUCACCACCACAGGCUAUGUCCACGAUGACUUCAACCCAAGAGGUCAAGGUCAAUCUGUGUCCAGCCGAUACUUCAACCACAGACAGAGGAAGUCGUCAAUAGAGUCAGAUGGUUCUGGUGGAAGCGGCAGCAGUGAUGGCAUAUUCAGAAGUCAGAGACGACAACGUAUGUUCCCUUUGGCAGGGGAGACAACUCGGCCCAGCAACAUAACUGACGGGUUGAGUCCAAAGGUGACGGACGGGAUGGAUAACUGCCUGUUCCACUACUGCAGUAUGGAUACCCUGGAGGGGCUGUACAUCACCUCCCCACUCCCCGACAUGGCUGCGCCCCUCCACUCACAGCUCAUUCAGAACUUCUACCGCUGCUGUGCACAGAUUCAGACCAUGUUCCGCAGUGCCAUUACGUACAGGGCCCUUGUGAACCAGGAGGAGGAGCCUGUGUUGUACCCGGACCGAAACCUGGUCAGCAUCCGUGAGCAGGGGGUGCUGUUCCACUGUCCCACCCAGCCAGGGUCUGACUCUCGCCGAACCAAACAAUCCCUUGCGUACUGGGUCGUGGGACGGAAGUACAGCCGCCCGGUGAAGCAGGAAGUGUAUGUAUGCUUCCAUGAGUCGACGCCACAGAACAUCGUGGAGAUGGCCUUCAGGUUAAGUUUCGGGCUCCUGUCUCCCGGGUGAUGGCAGUGUCGAUACACUCCACUCCUUCAUCUCCUGCCCAGGAUGCCAGGGUGACGUCUGCCCUUAGAUUCACCUCGUCCAAUCUUUGGGAGCCCAGUCAGUAGGCACCAUUUACUGAAGAUCAUGAUGUCACAAAGAUCAUUGAAGAUCGUAAUAAUCAGAACGCCAUGUGGUACUGAAGAUAAGAUCUGCUGAACAUCAGGAUGCAUUGAAGAUCAAAAAUGACAGAAGGUCAUGACCAAGACAACAUAAGAUUGUGAACCUCUGCCCAGAAUUCAUGUACUGAAGAUCUCAAGGGAUUAAUGAUCACAGGUUGCAGAUGAUCAAGACAUGCUGAAGACCAGAGAUAACAACAUAUGACAAUUUACAAUUCAAAUCAUCAUAAAUUGUGACCUUGUAUUGUUUGUGGUUUGUGGUUCACAGGUCUGAUCAAGUGCCUGGCAGCAGAUCUGAAGAUGUCCUGGUGCAUCAAGUCAGGGUUGACAUGGUUUUGUGCACCUGAUGAAGGGCCUGCCCGGGAAUGCAACCUUGAUGCAAGGGUUUCAUGGUCAUGUGAUUGAUUCUACGAAAGCAUCCAUUAAGAAGCCAAGAUAGAAGGGUCAGUACCUACAGGUACCUCUACUGUGUGCCCAUGAUCUCAACAAUAGUAAUAUGUGUCAUGGUUACAGUUGGCCCUGAUAGUUCCCGAUAGAACAAGACUGUACAGUGCUGCCCCUAGGCCAGUUGUGCAUCAGCUGUGUACAUCCCUCUCUGCAAGAGGUCAGAGGAUGAACACUGAACCACUGUGAACCAUGGAGUAAGAUGUCUAUAUUAAUAAAGACAUGGUUGCUAUGGUCACAGUGUGUCAGUAAUGACUGUUUCCUAACCUGAAAGAUAUUAAAACUUGAAGCAUACAGUGAACCUGGAUGCUAUCUCGCCGUCCAUGUGUCUGCAUUCUGUAAGAGAACUAGAACAGUUCACGCAGUUAUGUGUCACACCAUCAAGGUCUAUGCGACCUUGACCCACUCUUUUCAAGGUCAUCUGGAUCCAUCACCUUCAUCUCUUCAUCAACUGAUAAAGGACCGUCCAACCAAGGUUCAGGGACUGUUGCUCACCUAACAUCCAAACUGCAUGGUCUAUGGACAAGUUCCUAGAGUCCUAAGUAUUCUAUACUGUGUGCUUGUGGUAUCCCAAAGAGAAAUUCUGAAGUUGCAUGAAAAAGACAUGUCCUUUUAUACCUCAGUGACUACAAAGUAUAUGAUAUUUACCUGUUACCUGGUCACAAACCUGCCAGAACAUUUACCUCAAGUGUCUUUUGAACAUGUGUCUGUGAUAACAGAAAUAAUAUUUUAUUUGUGAAGUGAAGAGAGUAACAAGAUAUUCCACAUGGAGGAAAUUCCGAGCUCUGUUGUUUCAAAUGAAAAAUAAAUAAGUGACAUGCUUUAAAGGCUUCCUUUACACUCCAAAUAUUGUAAGGAUAAGCCAGAAAAACAACUGAUUUGCCUAUCAUUUGAACAAUGAACUUAGCAUUUCCAUAUAAGCAUAAGUGCUAAUUUCGAAUUCACUGUUCCAUGUUUUUAUCAACAUGAUUGAAGGUCUGUUGACAAGAUUGAAGCAAAUAUAUUUUAAAAAAUCUUGCUUCAUUAUGUAAAAUACCUCAUUCCAUACCUGGUCAAAUCCAUGAUAUUAUAUUUAUAUAAAGCGAAAUGGAUGCAAUUAGUUUAUGUAUUUUAGUCAGUAUUGUUAAUUUUAUUUUUCCUGUUCAAAAUAGAUACUAUAUACAUUAUUGUAAAACAAUGCCAAACAUAAGAGGUCUUAUCCUUGCUUAUCGAUACUGCCUGAAGUCAAUGUUUCAGAUUCAACAUAUUUAACAUGUUAACAUGAUUAACUAUACAAUGAGCAAUCCAAAGUUUUGACAGCUAACUUAUAUGUUGGAGAGAUUGAGUUUCCAAUAUUAUCAAAAAUCAUAAUUGUUACUGUACUCUACCUCUACUGUCUGCAUGAAGGUCGGAGGACUCCUCCUUAGGAAGACAUGUUUAUAGAAAAUCAGCACCAUGGGUACAACAUUUGAGUGAGAGAUGAAUUCAGAGAAGCAUUUCUGAAUUCUUUGUAUAAAACUGGAAUGUACUUGGGGGUUUUCAAUGCAAAACAAUAAAGCUGCUCUAUAUCUUAUACAACCCUGUCACUGGUGGAGAUACUGCCAGUGUGUUGAAAUGUUUAAACUUUUCUGUCGGUGCUCUCAGAUCUUCACACAGAGAGGUGUCUGAUUUAAAUGAGAUUGUUGCCUUCCUGUCAUCAGUUUUUAUUAGUAUGUUUAUUCACAAAGAAGUUUUCACAGGAUCUAAUUAAGAAUAAAGUGUAAUGGGUAAAAAAUAGAACACUCCACUCCAUGAAGUCUUAUUAUCUGGUGACUUAAUACUUUCAAUACUGUAUAUAUUCAAUUUCAUAUACAUGUUGUUGAAUGUAGUUCUGAUGUAAGUGAUCAAAUCAAAUGUAAUGGAGGAAUUCAGGGAUGUUUUCGUUUAAUGAGCCAAAUAAUGUGUUUGUUUGAAUGUCAGAUGUAAUUGAGAAGUGUUGCUAAGACACUGGUGCUUGUAAAUCCCUGUGUUUUGCUGUGAUUGCAUUAAAUGUGCUGAGUUAGGGCCUGGGAGGAAGCUGGGAGUAUCAUAAGAACUGCCAUACCAUUCAACUAAGAAUCUGAUGGUAUUAAGAACCCAGCUGUCUAGGAUUCUAGUAGGGAGACAGUGAGUGAGGGUGAGAGUGAGUGAGGGUGGCAAGAAGGGAGAUAAGAGGUCUGAAUGAGUAAGUGAUGGAGUGAGUGAGGUGAGGGUGGCAGGAAGGGAGAUAAGAGGUCUGAAUGAGUAAGUGAUGGAGUGAGUGAGGUGAGGGUGGCAGGAGGGGCAAGAAGGGAGAUAAGAGGUCUGAAUGAGUAAGUGAUGGAGUGAAGGAGGAUGGGAAUGAGUGAGUGAGCGAAGUGUUAUGCUACUUUAUCUAAUAUUCCCCAAAUGGACUUCAUACCUUGUCCCCAUGGAGAGAACUAAGACUGAUGUCAGCUAGGUUGUAGGCAUAUCCUUCAGUCACGGACACCAAAGCCAACUGUGUUGAUGGUUGUUAGCAGUCAGCUAGUUUGUCAGGAUAAACACUAAACUACAGUGAGCAUCCCGGUCCUGCCACUGCUCUUCAUGUAUUGUAUUUCGGUGAAUCCUUCUCUUAGUUUCGUGUCCGUAAAUAUUUCAGUAGACACGAAGGAUGAACAUGAAAGCAGAAUCUUCAACCCAAAAUACCACAGCCAAAAUCUACCAGAGCCUGUUACCCAUUUUCUGGCACUGGUUCAUGUUUCACAGAUUGUGACCAAGCAUUCUUGAACAGAUGUUACAUUGCAAAAAAGUUGUGCUGAUACAUGUACAUCACAGCCAAUUUGAAAAAUGGGGGACAUAGCAAUCAGCACGUGUCCAUCUUAGGACUCAUCUGUCCAUUCCCAUAGCAGAGCUCAUAAACCAUUGAAUAUUUCUAGUUAAAAUGUGCUAUACAGAGCAGUGAACUGAUGCGUUUCGAUGAUUUGGGUUCUUUAAUUCAUAAUUUAUUUAUUGUUUUCAUGACAAGUAUUCGUAACUGAAAAUGUCUGUUUUGCAUAUCCCCCAAUCAGUCAAGUGGUAAACCAGUGUUUAUAAAUCAGAAUAUUUAAAAAUACUGAAUGCUGAUAUCAAUUUUUCAGUGAAGUGAAGGUAGCCAAUGUCAGAGAACCAAUAGUGUGGUAUGAGGAGCCAAACUCCAUCUCAGUAUUACAGCCUAGACAGACGUAGCGUUUCCUGAUGAGUUCUUUUCAGUAAUACAUUGUAUAACUGAUUGAGGAUUUAUAGUAAGAGAAAUAUUUCCAUUUUUUAGCCUUUUUACACUACAUAAUUGUUGGAGUGUCAACAUACGACAACAUUAAAAAAGUCCAGCAUUAUUUUAACUACAUAUGUUGGGAGUUGACCACAGAGCCAGUUGUCCAUGUCUACCAGCUGAAGUCCAGAGGGAUAUUAUGAGCAAUACACUCUGGGGGGGAGGGGUUUUGUCAUUGGUGCAAUGUGAUACUAAGUAUCAAACUUGUUAUUUGUUGUUUUCUAAUAAAACUAUUUAAAUACUA